UAUUGUGCGAUUUCAACGUGUAGUUGCAAUUGUGAACGUGACAGUGAGGCAGCUAAAACGGCAACCCAGUCCGCCGUAGAAAAGCAAAAAGUUGCGUUUUUCGUAUGUAAUGCCAGCCAUGCGUGGUGACAUGACCAAGUAUUUGAUAAUUUAGUGGCUGCGUACUUGCUUUUGUUGACCAAUAUUGACAUUUGUGGUUUGAUGGACGCGUUUCCGGCCCAGUACGGGAGAAACCAUCGACGUCUAGAUGGGGUUCGUGUGGCAUAAUUGGGCCGGCCUGGCUCAAUUAUAUCGAGCUUUUCUUCUCAAACGCACUCAUACGACGUAAACGGCAUUAAAAUUGCCUUUUGAUCAACCCGACAGACAGCUGGCGACUUUUUGGGCGGGUUUUGGUUCCGACUAAAACACCGGGGUGUUCCCCUCUUGUCUGCCGAUUUGGUGCCUCCCAACGUCCACACGUCCAGCUGAUUGCUUUGACUACCUUUCAAUUAUUCCUUUCCAAACUCAACGUUUCUUGGACUCUACCAACAACCUCUGUGGCCCGAAGCGGCUCGCGUUCUCCCGACUCGCUUCACGAAUCUCCCGAGGAUUGUUGGAACACGACGAAGGCAUUUUGUUCGAGUCCUCGUCGCCUUUUUGGAUCGUCGCUCCGCCGAGCGAGCAGGCCGCGGACUCAUCCCCAGCCUCGCGUAGUUUAUUGUGGCCGCCAUGGGCGACACUAGUGAGAGAAGCAAGCCGCCCAGUCUCCCUCCCCGGUGUCCGUGCGGCUUUUGGGGCAUCUUUGUGGAUGCGGGGCUACAGGCGGCAACACUGGACGACCAAAUUGGCCUUGAGACGACAUAUGCUAACAUGAAUCAAGGCACAGAAGCGGUAGUUUCUAAGGCGAACGCAACAUCAGCAGUGUGGGAAUAUUUCAGUUUUCAACAGAAUGAACAAGACGCUGUCGCUUCGACUGGAGCCGCCGGGCUUCUGCUCCGCCCCUCCUCCUGCAUGCAGGGAUGAGGGAGAUACAGCGCAAAUCCAGUCUAUAUCGAUAUCAACAAUAUGGUCCAGUAAAACCAUGAACCUCUGCUCCAAAUGUUUUGCUGACAUCCAGAAGAAGCAGCCUGGAGAAGACUGCACCUCCAAGGCCAUGCAAGGCAGCGGGAGCAGCCAGACACCUGUCUUCAGUAGCGAGACCACCACGACCACCAUCUCCACCACCAUCUCCUCCAUCACCACCAGCAGCAGCAGCGGCAGCAAUCAGUCUAUAUCUUCGGCAUCAUCAGCAUCAUCGUCACCACCUAGCGCCGCAGAACUACCAGCGGUCGAAGAACCCUCGCCGUUGUUUACCGCCUCCAGGGAGGGUGUGUCGUCCACAGAAACGGCGCAGGGCACACUGUGCACGCCCACGAAGCGUCCUCGAGAGUCAGCUUCGGCCUCAGAGAGCGAGGCCACGCCUGAGAAGAAGCCACGGGCGGAGGCAAAAGAUGGCGAUGGCGAGGAGGCGGGUGGGACGCCCAAGCAAAAGAAACGCCGGCGCUGCUUCCGCUGCCAAACCAAACUGGAGCUGGUCCAGCAGGAGCUGGGUUCCUGUCGCUGCGGAUACGUCUUCUGCAUGUUGCAUCGCCUCCCCGAACAACACGACUGCCUCUUCGACCACCUGGGGCGUGGGCGCGAGGAAGCCGUCCUCAAGAUGGUCAAACUGGACCGCAAGGUGGGGCGCUCGUGCCAACGCAUCGGGGAGGAGUGCUCCUGAUUGGCCACGCCCCUGCUCGCCAUCCAGUCCGAGACGAGGCGCUUACCAAGACCGGGAGUGGGGGGUGGGGGUUUGAGGAACAAUGACCAUGGGUGGGUGGGAGGGGGAAGGAAGAGGAGGAGGACCUGAGCUUGAUGAUUGAUUUUCCUGUCGGAACGUCUGAUUGGACUCCUGACGAGGCCAUUCACACUCACACAGCCUUAACCCCGCCCACAUCUCCGGAGGAGGCGGAUCCACUUGGCCACGCAGUCCUCUUCCCUGCUCACACUCCUUUCCCCCCCAACCUUCCCCCGAGUACAGCAACUUCUGGACGUUGUGCUGAACGCUCGUCCUCUGUCGGUCGCGGCCUCCGCUCGGCGACCCACGCCUCAGGUCGACCCCACCUUGCUCUCUUCCUCUUCUUCACUUUUCUUCCGCCAGCGCUCGGGUCCACGCGCAGCAUUGGACCUUGACCUCUGAUGCUCACAUGGAACGCUGACUCCAGGGAAAACCCGAACCACCUGUGUGUGUGUGUGUGUGUGUGUGUGUGUGUGUGAGAGAGAGAGCGUGCCGUGUGUGUAUGUAGCAGACCCUCCUCUUCCUCCCCCCUCUGACGCUCGGUACUGUUGUUCCUCACACUUAGCGGGAAGUACGACUGAAUUUUUGUAUUCUAAGGAAGUUGUUCACCAAAACACCGCCAACGAGUACCUGAAGUAAUCACAUGACCUGCUACCCUCCUCAAACGCUUCUUUUUAAUUUAUUUCUUAUUUUGUGGCUAGAAUUUCUUGUCAUUUUAUGUUUGGAUUGAGGCUGUUUGUUUGCGACAUGAAUAGAAUCUUUUCUUCUCUCGAUUGAGGCUUGCGAGGCGUCUGCUCUGACGGCAGUACGCUAAUCAUCACUUAGAAAUAACUUUACGAGCGGAUUUCCACAGGAAAACAUUGAGACUCCCACAAGUCCUACAGUGGCAACAUUUGAGUGAUAUCAGAGAAACGAUAUCAAAUCCACUGGUCUCGCUGCAUCCUUUUAUAAGGCAGGCUGAUGUUGCAAAUGUGUCACCUAAAGGAUGAAUCUGACGUGUGCUGACAUCACUGAUUCAAACUGCCGUGGCUGGCGCCGCCGCUCGCGUUGAUUCCAGAAAAGGCCAAUUCCUAAAUUGACGACUGUGUCGUAUCCUUGCUCUUACUUGUCGACACGUUGUGUGGACUUGGCAGAAGAAUUGAUGCGUUUGUUCCAGCAUCACAACAUGAAGACGAGCCAUCACAAAGCAGAGUGAAAAAUGAGCAUCUUUUCUUUGACUCGUCACCAAUUAACAAUGCUAGUUGUUCCUCCGGCCCUAAAAGGGAGAAACUGUCACAUCUCGCUCCUGUUUUUGGAAAUAAAAUGAUUCUUUUUGAGUGCUAAUGAGAAAUGGAAGAAAAUGAAUAUCUUUGUGUACCUUUUUAAAGAAAAGAAUUAUUUAACCUUAUAUCAGUUUGAGUUACUUACACCCUAGCAUAGAGUGACAUAUUUAGUUCAAUGUAUUAAAAAAAAAGGCAAGAACAUAAUUCUGUCCUGUUUUCUCCUUUUAAUUUUGUGUUCCUUUUUCUGCUGAAGAAAAUAAAAACUGGAUUAGAGGA